AUGUCAAUUCAAGGGCAGUCAUCAAUACCACCACCAUAUACCUCAGAGAGACCACCGCCUGGAGUGGCCCCCUUUGUUCCAGCAGUGACGACUCCAGAAUUGGGAAUGCCUUCAUUAGUAGUUGUGGGAACAAUCAAUACUACAAUAGAACACCGCUGCGAUGAGCUUGAAAAGCUGUUAAGGGCUAUAGAAGGGCCCCAAACCUUCAAUAUCACUAGACCCUCAAAUUAUUGCUUGGUGCCUAAUGUAGUGCUCCCUCCAAAGUUUAAAAUGCCCGACUUUGAGAAGUUUGAUGGGACUACAUGCCUUCGGACCCACAUGAGCCUGUUUUGCCAAUCAAUGACCGCUUAUGUUGACAAUAAGACAUUGAUGAUACAUUGCUUUCAGAGCAAUCUUACGGGAGCAAUGGCUAGAUGGAUGACUCUCUUAGAAAUGGAGAAGAAACCCACAGAGACCUUUAGAGAGUAUGCCCAUAGGUGGAGGGAUGCGUUGAUCCAAGUGGACCCCCCGGUAGGCAACCAGGAAGCUAUCAUGAUGUUUAUAAAAACAUUGAAGGACCCCUACAGCGGAUAUCUUCGGGGUGCAACUCCCUAUGACUUCAAGGACAUCAUGGCUGUGGGAAGUAGGAUUGAAGCCGACAUCAGGGCAGGCUUGGUCAAAGACAGUGAAAAUGAGACUGAUUCGAGCAGGAAGUGGACUAAGAAGAAAGACGAAGAAGCCCACAUGAUUCAAGGGCAUUAUUACCAAGACAACUGGAAUAGGGGGGUGAGGAGAAAUUUUGCUGCCAAGCCCACCGUUAAUCAGGUAGCGUAUGCAGGCACCAGACCUGCGCUCGCUCAGCAAAAUGCUCAAGCGUAG